AUGGCGAGAAUCAUAACCCGGUGCGAAGGAGUAGGACGUCGCUGGGAGUCGGACGGACAACAGAAUCUCAUUGUCAGAGCUCACAUUGAGCAAAGUUCCCCAGUGGCCUGUCUUGUUCUGUCUUGGUUUGUCUUCGUUGCGGACGAAAUACGCCAUGUCCUCUUAUGCAAAGUAACUAGCCCUUCUCCUCCGCAUGACCGGUCUCAACACGUUCAAAUUCCCCGGCCUUCAAUCACAGGGCCGAUGUGCACAGAGUUGCUUGCGGUUGCACGGGAAGCUGUCGCCCCAAAAGGCGCUCGGCAUCUUUCCCAUCUUAUGCAGGCCGAAACAAAAGAGUGGUCAGUGUGGCCUGCCAAGCUGAGUGCGGAAAAGCCGCUGCUGGAGAUACCGAUUGGCUCCAAAGCCUUUCGCGCUCCUCGGGAGUUUCGCACUAGAGGAUGUAGAGCUCGUGAAUCCUGUACGGAGCAUAUCUUCUUCGAUCCGACUCCUUCGUACACAGGCAUUUUCAUUGAGAAGACAACCUGCACUCCAAGAGCUCCCGUCGCCAUGGCCGACGAGGCCGAAACCUUUAUCCAGCACCCUCUCCAGCUCGACCCAACCUCCAAAGCCAUAUCCGCACCAACAGCGUCGCAUGCUGGCCUUUCUACCGAACUGGAGGCGCUGAACUCUCUCCAUCGCGCCCUCUUGAACCUCGACAGCCCCAAUGUCCCUCCUCCUCCACGCCCCAUCAACCCUAAACGAAGUGCUCAAGUCUCCAAACUGCGUGACUCGGCCAACGCCGCAUAUCGCAAGGCUGCCUUUACCGAAGCGAUCAGAUUGUAUACGUAUGCCAUCGACAUGGCUCUAGGUCGACCAGCAUGGGAGCCACUGGGUUUGGUUCGCGAAGAAUUAGCUCCGUUGUAUGCGAAUCGCGCACAGGCACACAUGUCCCAGCAGGACUGGCCAGAGGGGUGGAUCGAUGCCCAGCUGAGCAUUGAAUGCAAUGAAGAGACCAAUACUAAGGCCUGGUGGAGAGGUGGAAAGUGCUUGGUAGAAAUGGGAAGAUGGGAGGAAGCGAUCGAGUGGCUCCAGAAAGGGCUGGAAGCUGAAGGCAGAGCUUCCGAUGGAGGUCGUGAACUGAAAGCUUUGCUGGAUGAUGCCGAGAAGGGAUUGGAGAGGAUGAGACAGGGCCAUGCAUUCUCGAAAAACUCAGAUCCUAGCCUUUGCUUAAUCGAGGCAUCCUUGGAAACAUUACUAGGCGCUCCUAGGCAGGGUACUCGAUCUUCAAAACGAAGCCAUGCUGGAGGUCGACACGCUGGCCCAGAAUCAUUGGGUAUCUUGAGUCCCUGCUCUCUGAAGAUAUCUUCUCCUCCUGUCCCCAAUGCACGGCUUAUCGGCGCCGGCCCUCCGUUUCGUGCCUUUGGUUUCCGCGCUGCUGCCAAGAUGAUAUGGUCAGGCAUCCUCUGGCAAGACACGCAGCGAAAACCCGCAACAUUCCAUUCAACUGUUUUCGUUUGCGGAGCACCAUCGAGUUCGGGACUCUGUCCGUUGGAGGCCCUGGCUUUCGAGCCCUGUACGCCAAUACCACAAGGUUCAACCCAAAGACAUGGGAAGCAGGCUCAACCCGAAGUUAUGCCUAAGCUUGCCGGACGGCACCGAGAAAUUUUUGGCCCCGCGGCCCAGAGGAACACGGCCGACUCAACCCCGAGAAAAGGCUGA